CACCUAUUCUCUCUAAACCCUAACCGACAACUUCAUCUCCUACAUCAGAUCCAUCAUGUAUUCAUCUAUCUUUAAUCCUCUAAACCUAACUUGGUGGAUAAUCGUUGCUCAUCAUCACUUACAACUUUCUUCCUUUUCAAUCUCAAAAACCCUAGAUAGCAGUUCCAAGCAAGUACGCAACAGGUGGCCGAAUUAUUUCCUUUAUUUAUCAUCUCCAUACGCUCCCAUUUGGUGGUAUGCAAAGAGGUUUUUGCAUCCAGAUAUUGUAACAACAUAUGAUUAUACUUUCAUUUGGGAUGAAGAUCUUGGGUUUGAACACUUCAAUGCGGACAAGUAUAUCCAGUUGGUUAAGAAACAUGGGUUAGAGAUUUCUCAGCCCGGUCUUGAACCGAAUAAUGGACUAACUUGGCAAAUGACAAAGUGGAGAGGUGAUAAAGAAGUUCACAAGGUUCAUGAAGAAAAACCACGAUGGUGCAGUGAUCCUCAUUUGCCUCCCUAUGCAGUAUUUGUAGAAAUUAUGGCUCCUGUAUUUUCUCGGGCAGCUUGGCGGUGUGUGUGGCAUAUGAUUGAGGUAAAUUUACAUUUUGUGGCAUAUGAUUCAGGUCAAUUUGCAUUUUGUUAUUAACAGGUUGCUCAAGUCUCAAUUUGCUGGUAAUUACUAAUUAGUAACGGGUCAAAUUGGAUACAUUCAUCAGUUAUUCUAAUUUCUAAUUUCUUACAACAGUUAUAUAGGAGGUAGAAAGGAUAAUAAUUGAUUUAGGUUGGGCACCUCCUGAACCACUUAAAUAUAGAUGUUUGUGAAGUUUUUGUUAAAAUCUUGAUUUCAAAAGUUAAUGUUGUUAAGUGUUAACCUUAUAAAAUGGUGUGCAUAUUAAAGAAUUAGUGUUUGUAUUUGAAUUUGAUUUUAGGUUUUACUGUUGGUUUUGUCUUUUUUUUUUUUCAAAUUGGUUUGGAAAGGAAUUUAGCUUUGGGGUUUUCUUAAAAAAAGAUAGCUUUAGAUUAGAUGUGCUUUGUAUCUUUUUUUUGGUUUGGUAGAUUAGAACCCUCAGGUUUCAUGUAUUGUUGUACUAUGAUACAGAUCUGUGAUGUAGGAUGAGGGUGUAGCUGGUGGUUUUAACUUUUUAAAUUAGACGUGUGGUAGCCUAAUAUAAUCUUUAUAUAAUCAAUAAAUAUAUAUUAACAAAAGCCGCAGAGGCAGAAUGUGUUAGCUUCAAAGUCCGGAUCAUUGUGUUUUAAAUGCGAGAUACCAGUUUUAGUUAGCACCUGGAGUUUCAAAUUCCAGAUUUUUGUGUUUUAAAUGCGAGAUAGCAAAAAAUAAAUGAAGAUUAAUGGACACUUAAUUUGUUCUAUUGCAGG